CACACUCACGCGAUCUCUUAGUGCAGCCAGCAGAACCUCUAACAUUUCCAUCCAGAGCUUUCACAGUGCUGAGUUCCGAGCUAAGGCCAAACACAUUGUGAGUGAGACCAUUCUCAGAGCUGCUAGCAAAGCCAGCCAUUCUUUGCUACAGAGCAUGCCUAGCACCACCUUCUCACACCAUGCGGUUUCUACAGCCGAAGAUAUAGUAAAUAUUAUCAUGCAAGACCUUGAAAGUGUAUCCCAGUACACUGUGGACGACGCAGACUCCUUCCCACUAGGAGAGAAAAAGCUGGAGUUCCAGCUCAAACCCAGAGUUGUCUUUGACAACUUAUUGGAUGCUGCUCAAACCAUGUACCACAGAGUAAAGGAUAGACUGAACAUCUUUUUCUCUUUUCCACCAGUGUCAGUCACCACAGCCAAAUAUGUGCUGGACUCCGCCCCUGUGGAGACACUCAGACAUUCUAAGUCCGCUGACACUGCUCUUGUUGAGGACAGGAGCCGCCCUCCGUCUGUGAGAAGUGAGAAGCCUUUGUCAAAAGUCUGUUUGGCUAAAAGGUCUAAAGCCCUUGUGUCUUCGAGUGGCUCUUCAACAGACCACCAUAUAAUUGACACAUGCAGUGAGGAUGUCACUCUGCCCACCAGGAGUAUGUCAGUUGUGAGCAACAACAGUUUGAAGAGAGCCUCUCCUCUCCACGGCAGUGGAUUGAGUGAAAGUUGCAAACCUCUUGUGGCUCUAAAAGACGUAACAGUGGCAGUCAGCCAAGAAGGCUUUAGCAAAACUGCAAAGAAGACGCUCAGCUUGAUCCUAAAUGUGAUCAAGUGUAGAGUGGCCAACUCUGAGAGUUCAUCUGUUGGGCAGAUUGCAAGUGAGGAGUGUCUGAUAGCCACUAACAUGUUAGACUCUGUACUGGAGAGCCUUGACCAGUUGCCUGACAUGAGCGCUGCCGAUGAAAUCACAAGGACAGAAUCCCAUACCUCUAUCGCAAUGGACGAGACAGGUUCACGGUCAACGCUUGUGAGCCAACAAGAAAUAAACAUAUCUGACACCAAUAUCAUAGUGAAAACUAUAAUGGACACAUUGAAGACGGACGACCCAGAGAUGACUUCAGCAGAAGAACAUCUGGAUAGGCUCCUGUCAGUUGAAGCCCUUCAAGGUGCAUCUGGCAACCUGAUCGCAAAGGUCCAUGGUCUCAUUCAGGAGAUAACCAUAAACCGCCAGCUUCAAUCCAUGGUUGGCCACAGAAGCCUCUCUCAACCAGCGCUGCCUAAACCAGCCCUGAGGAAGCUGUCAAAGGACGAUGCCUCAGAGCUCAUUUACAACUUUGCCCAGACUUCUGUUAGGAGACUCCUGGGGCAGUGUAUGGGAAGGCCUAUGCCACCAUCGGCUGAAAUGGUUUUGGAUCAGGUCAUCAAGUUGAUGACAGACGUGGUGAUGGACAGCCUGACUUAUGUGUCCAAGUCUACAAUGGAGGAUGUUAUUGUACACAGGUCGGUCACACUAGCGUGCUCUUCUCACUCAGACACCAGCAAUGCCACAAGUGACAUCACUCAUGGUGUUGUAGCUGACCUUAAUGCUACUGAGGAAUUCCCUGCCAGGAGCCUUAGCCCGGCUGAUGUAAAGGCUGACGGCAUGGCCCGUCUUCCCUCUGCCAGAGGGGAAGAGACUAAGAAGAACAGGAAGUGGCGUUUCCUACCGAAAAUGCAUAAGUUUCCAAAGAUCAUGAUUAAGCUGUUCAAGACAAAAGGGGAACCGAAGAGACACCCUGAACAGGAUGCGCUGCCUACCAAACAUCUCAGAGAGACUCAUAUUUCACAGGAUGCUGAGUGUGAGGUUCCAGAGGUUCCAUCCACUUCCCCACCCAAGGAGGACCUGACAACCACACCGGCCCCUGCUCCCCAGGAGUCCCAGUCCCGUAAACGCCCACUCAUAGUCAGGGUGUUACACGCUCUCUCCAGAGCCAUCUCCAAACCAUUCACAGGAGCUUCUGGGAAGAAGAAUUAGCCAAAUGCCUGAUUU